AACGCAUUAAGGCCCCCUCUUGGCUGCCUCUCUCAACCUCUCCCAAAUAAACCUCUUUCUCCAUAGCUUUCCACAACACAGGCCACAUACUCUCUCUCUCUCUCUCUCUCUCUCUCUCUCUCUCUCUCUCUCUCUCUCUCUCUCUCUCUCUCUCUCUCUCUCUCUCUCUCUCUCUCUCUCUUCUUUCUCAUACAGUAAGCCUGUUAUCCACAGCCAUGAACAAUUUUGCAAUGAAUCCCACAGCUGGAACACAAUUAAUACUGCUUCUCUUGAUCGCCCACUUCACUAUUUCUCCAGGAAGAUGCCAUGCGCUUGAGAUGAGGCCAGUUGAAUCAACCCAAUACCAGGUGGUUGAAGCAGCACUUGUGGGCAGUCACACCAGUCAUCUUGAUGGAAGGAGGAAGCUGGCACCAUUCCAACUGUGCUUGGUGUGCAAGUGCUGUGCUGCUGGUGGUGCAGAUCCAACCACUGGUACUUGUGCCACCAUGCCAUGCUGCUUUGGCAUAGACUGUCAGCUCCCCAACAAGCCCUUUGGUGUGUGUGCUUUUGUUCCCAAGACCUGUAACUGUACCUCUUGUGCUGUCUAACCACCUCUCUCUCUCUCUCUCUCUCUCUCUCUCUCUCUCUCAUACAUAAAAAGACAAACACAGACUGUAUAAACUUUUUUACAUUUUCACCUUUUCAUAAUCUUCAUAUACACUUCAUUGAAGUGGGUUCUCUGUUGUGUUCUCCACCUCCCUCACUGCCUCAAAACGCUGGGGGUAAAUUCCUUGUAUGUAGUUUUGGUCUUUUAGCCAUUUAUUGAUUCUAUGCUGUAAUGUAAUCCAAUAAUGUGUGGCAACUCAUUUGUAUUGUGUAUAUGCAUGUAUGAGUAAUAAUUCCUUGAGAUUAAUGAUCCAA